AUGCCCUCCACCGCCUCCAAGAAGGGCCAGUCCGCCAGACCCUCCUCCAAGACCGACCGCCGCUCCACCUCCCGCCACUCCACUCCCGUCUCCGCCCUCACCGAGACCUCCCCGCCCACCCCAGUCAACAGCACGCCUUCCGGGCCCUCGCAGACCAUGGCCAAGGAGACCCCAUACCUGCACACUUCUACCGCCGCCUUGAUCUCCUCGGAUCCGAGCAUAGAGGCUCUGAUAGACAAGAGCAAUGCCUCUGCCGCGAAAGCAGGCGACCCGCCUUCAGCACGCGACUUGGCUGCUUUGGUGGAGAAGAUCUCGAAUUCCGUAAACAAGUUCAUGAGCAAGCGCAGCGAGAUCUGUGACAGAAGUAUGCGUCAACUGGUCCAGAAGCGAAAGGAUCGCGCGCACGAGGAGAGGGAGCUGGAGGCUGCGAGAGCGGAAGCUGAGCGAGCAAAGAUCAAGCGGGAGGAAGACGAGAAGCGGAAAGAGAAGAAGAGUGCUAGCAAGAAGCGAAAUCACGAUGACAUGGAUAUCGAUGAAGACGAGGAGCACCAAGAGCGGAAGGAAAAGAGGGAGAGCUUGCCCCAUGUCGGCGCGCACGGCCUGGCCAGGCAGGACGGCGUAGGUGUGCACCAAGGUGAGUUUCCGGCUACUCCCCCUGUUCCCUCCAGUUGCGACCAGAUGCGCAUGUCGAAAAGCGCAGGAUACCUUCCAAGUCGGCCAUGUGAGAAUAUGACUUCACGUGCCAGCAGGCGCCAGCUACUUCUGGGCCAGCUUGUCCUCACGCGAGCCCGCAAACUCACCUCGCACUGUGCAAUCACUCCACGAUGGUCGCACUCAGUCGCACUAAUGCACCGAUUCUCACGCAGGCGCGCCACCUCCUCCAUCACCCCCAAUCCAACCCGGAACUGCUGUUCCCGACCUCAUGGAUGCCGAGUCUGGUUCAGAAUCCGGCGAGCCGCGCGCCGAUGCUCCUGCGACUGCGCCGCUGUACGAGAGAAUAUUCGGAAAAGACCCGACGCAAGGUGACGACCCGAUAAUAUACGACAUACGUGAGCUUCGCGAUGACAUGACCGACGAGGAGAAGCGGCAAUUACUACAAGUGAAGGAAUGGCCUAGAAGUGACCUGCGCGACUUGACCGCCGGAGAUCCCCCGGAUAAAGACUUCAGCAAUGCCAAACCUGCGAAUCAAGUCAAUUUCAGCACGUUCCAGACUUAUGUUGAUCCGUACAUCCGACCAUACACGGAAGAGGACGUGGCAUUUCUCAAGGAACGUGGAGAUCGCGUGACACCAUACAUCAUCCCGCAGCGUGGUACGAAGGGUUACAAGGAGGUCUGGGCAGCUGAGGAUGGCAUGACUGGGCUAGAGCCUCCGCAAAAGCACGUGAACAAUCCAAACGAGGCGAGGGGUAGCAUGGAAGACAUGGAGGAUGACAUUGCAGAUCAGGAUACUGUCAGCAUGGGCCCGGUGAUGAGUCGUCUACUCUCCGUGAUGCGACCACAGCCCAACGGAGCGAGGAAAGAGAACGGCGAAGACGCCAGUGGAGAUACGUCCAUGGUCAAUGGCGAUGAUGAUGCGGAAGCCCCACCCGCCACUGGUGCUGAGGAUUCCGCACCAGCGACACGCCUACCGCCUGAUGCUCCGAGGCCGCCGAACUUGCCGCAAUUGGACUAUGAGACUUUCGAACAGCGAGCUCUACAAGAACUGCGCUACAUUGGAAUCUUGAGCCCCAAUGAAGUUCCCAAUUACGAUGCGCACGACGAUGACGAGGUCGCUAUGCGCCUUCGCACUUUACAGCACGCGCUUCAAGAAAAGAGCCGGAAAAACAACGCCCGCAAGGCGCGCGUACUCGAACUAACAGAAGAGCAAAUGGCGAUGCAGGAAUACUCCAACAUCGCGGACGAUCUGGACAACCAAGUCAACGCAGCGUACCUUAAGCGGAAUCGCUCACUUGCGAAACCAAACCAGAAGAAAGGAGGCUCUCAAGCUCGACCAGGCCAGAAGGGCGUCGCAUCGGGCGUCGUUGGCGGUAGAGGCGUCAGCGAUGGCGUACGAGCUCUCAUGCAAAAACGCAGGGAUUGGAACGAGAUGGUUGGUCCAGUGGUCGGCUUUGGAAGGCCCAGAAUUCCUGGCGAGGACGAGACGAUUUUCCAUCCGGAUGUUAUGAAGAACUUCGAGAAAGCGGAGCGCGAGGCAGAGCUGGGGGAGAAUGAGGCGGAAUAG